AGAUUCGAUACAGUUGAGAUUAAAGAACAUUAUCGUUCCACCGUUGCUGAAAGACGACGUGGAAUCCGUAAUACUAGAUUGCGACUAUGACUUCGAAGAUACGUCGCACGAUGGCCUUGUGGUCAAGUGGUACAAGGAUAAUGGUAACCUGUUAGUCUAUCAAUGGAUUCUCCAUUCGGAACCUCGAGUAACCGACGAGUUUGAGAAUUACGUGGACGUGAAUUACACGGCAAGCGAUGAUCCACUCACGAUGUACAGAGCAUUGAAGUUCGUCAGACCUGGAGUCGAAUUGACUGGGACAUACAAGUGCGUCAUAUCUGUCUACGAGGGCGAGGUGGAGGGAAUUUCCAAAAUGGUUAUUUAUUCGACGGAAGAUAAAUUCGACCUGAUCCUGAGCGAAAAGAACCAGACCAACAAGGAUAGAUUGGAAGCGAUGUGCAUGGCCGAAGGUCUCUACCCUAAACCCACGCUGGACAUAUCUAUAGGGCAACUAGAAAAUCUCAACGCCAAUGUGAGGUUCGCGAAAAUGGAAGAUCACAAAUUCAAUGUUUAUUCCCAUGUGACUGUGGACAAAAAGGAUCUACCUGAAAGUGCUAUUAUCAAGUGCACCUUGGGUAUUCCUGAUGCUAAUUACACUGUAUUCCGAGAGACCGUCUACUAUUCCGGACCACCCUUAACCACAACUAGCAACCCGAUGAUCAAGAUGCUACCAAAUACGAAGAUUCAGACGUCAAACAUCACCUCGGCAGGCAAUGUUGGUAGUGGCAGCUCGGCCCAUAGUCUUUCAACCAGUUUGAUCUUCUUAAUGGGACAAUUGUUAAUAUUCGCAGCGAGCAUUCUGUAAAAAUCCAAUUUUCAUGGAUGGACAGUGAUGGAUCCCAUAGUCAGAUGCGUACGUGAAUAAUCUUAGUUUCAUCAGUUUCUUGGAUAUUUCCAUGGGAACUGGUAUAAGAUGGGAGCAAUCGGAAAUUGAGAGACCAAGCGAAAAUUAAAUACCGACCGAUGGUCUCUGUCACGUUUGUUCAGGUGGGAGUAUAUAAAGAAGGGAUAGAGGGGAGAGAGAGAGAGAAAUAUUUCAACUAAUUCUAAUAAUUUUAUGAACGGUCUCCCAUUUUAAAAAUCUUUCUUUGUUUAAUAAGUGCGGGAAAAUGCACGUCCUCGGAAUAUAUGUGUGUAUAUAUUUACAGAUGCAGAUGUGCACGCGUGCGUGAUGUGAAAUAUCACGCGUGCGCGUCUUGCAAAAAUAGAAAAAAAGUUAAACAAUGAAUGGAUAUAAGUGUGCGAGUAAUGAAAAUUUUAGAAAAACAAAAUUCGAUAAUCACUCGAAAGCGAGACACCAAGGCUUGGCGUGUUCUUUUAUAAAAGUGUGAUGCGACAAUACGAAACCAAAAAGUAGGAGGGACGAGAGGGCGGAAAAAAUGGAAAGAGAGUGAGAGAGAGAGGGAGAGAGAUUGAACUGUACCGUGAAAAGGCACUAAUAGCUCGUACACGGAAUUUCAAAGCUGGCUAAAAAGAAUCCGUUGCGUCGCUCGCAAAAAAAAAAAAUGUUUAAAAUAACGGCCAAACGACUAAAUUCAGUUUUGCAAUAUUUUUAACGAUAUUAAUUGCGUACGCAUUGAUUAUGUAAUUUCUGAAAUUUGUAAGUAUAUCGAGAUACUUUGAAAGGUCAAAAGCUAAAAGCAGUUACGUAAUGGACGAAAAAUCCAUGAAACGGCAAACGCGCAUGAAACAAAAAUGGUUAGAGCAAGUUUGGCAAAUUGCAUUCGAUUCGCAGAUCAAAGCGUUCCAAAGCUUCAAAUAUUUAUUUCACGUGCCCUUUUCGUCUUUUUUCGUCUGGCUUUUUGGAUUUUCAAAAUUUUCACUAAUCAAUCAGACACGCCGAUUAUUCAUGAAACUGCAACUGGCCUAUGUACGUAUCGUUGCAAUUUGCCUGAACUGCACGUUGGAGAAGUAAAGGCAUAAAUGCAUGUGUCGAAACUAACGUGCAGUAACGACCGACCCCCUGUCUCUCUGUACAUUGCAUAUACAUACACAGACAUAUAUAAAUAAAUGUACCAAAAAACACUCGCAGAGACACAAUUGAUAACGAGCGUUUUCAUGUAAAUAAGUUAAUUAAUUUAAAAAAAAAAAAAAUAAGUAGAGAGGUCCGUACCGAGUGAAACUUUUAACGUUGACGUCAUAAGUUCCAUUCCUUAUCAAAAAGUUGGACGAAGUGAGAAAAGUAUAUGUGUAUUUAUAAAAGGGGGAAAACAAAAAAAAGUGGAGGAUCGAAAUCCGGCGAUUCUUAACAAUUUUUAGGUACGUGACCUUUGACACCCUAGUCGGAACAGCUAAUCACGCGAAUCUAUACCAAAUAAUACGAUACAAGGAUUUUACGUGAAGAAAAAAAGAAAGGAGUCAGUCUUAGCAGUUAAGGCCUAAAGAAUGGAAAGAAUAUGAAUGAUGAAUGAUAACAGAGAUAUAAUAUUGAUAUAUUGUCAGAUUGAGAGAAAAGAUAUGAAGAUAUUAAAGUUGCUGUAAAGAAACUUUUUUCGUUUCAUUUUUUUUGUUAAAAAAAAAGUGACAAAACAAAGUUUUGGUGCACAACACCAAAUACACGAUAUGACGUGCACGUAUUUUUAAGGUAAACAAGAUUUUGCGAUAAUACAAAUGAAAAGUCAAUUGUCUAUCGAUUAAAAAAAUAAUAAUUUAUUGGAAAUCCAUAUCGAAUCGCGCGCCGCUUGUUCUAUCAGUACCGAUAUUACGAUUUUACAUUUUGGGUUAAUAUUUUUAAACGGUACUGUACGUUGUAUCGUGAAAAAUUCCAGCAAUUAUUUAUUUAACGAUAUCGAACAAAGGAAUAACGGAUUGACUUCUGUUUGUUAUAGAUUUUAUGGACAGUUAAUUAGAAUAAUGAAAAAAAAAAAGGAAAAACUAUUUGCCCCACGAGCAGUUGCACAAUUUAUAUCUGCCUUUUGUAUCUAUAUUUUCUUUUUGAUUCGAUUAAUAUAUUAUAUAUAGAUAUAUAUUGGUAAAAUGAAAAAUAUCAACGUCGAACUAUAAUGCGUAAACUCAUGUUCCACGUUGAUUUCAAUGUAUUUGAUUAAUUUGUAAUUUUGUAAAAAAAUAAAGGACUUCCGUUGGUCCACGAGAUGGAGUAAGGAAGCUCAUGCAAUAGCAUUUUAAAAUAAAAUAGAAAAAUAAUACCGGCA